AUGAGUUGUGAUUUUCGCUUUUGGAGCUUCUCUUGCCGGGCUUCUAUUCACUUUGCAUACACUCGGCUUGGCCGUUGUGAGUUUGGCGAGUGCCGCAAUUGCGGCUUGGCAGAGGCACUGGCCGCGAGGCUGGGACGGCUGAGGUGCUCUGCAGAAUUCGGCAAGGAACGGAGCCAUGCAGAAACGCCGGCGUAUCGUGCACCGGGCGAGGGGCAGGCUUUAGAUGACUUCACGGAACAUUUUUUUUUUUUCUUGUGGUUGUGCGCGAGUCUGCAUGUGAGCUAUGAUAUGAUAAGGCUGUUGGUUCCGUUGGGGGGGAUAGUUUUUUUGCGCGUAUCGUUAUUGCUGUGGAUUGCGUUUGAUCCUUCCUUCUUUUUAUGCGUGUUAAAUAAUAUAUGUUUUCUCUCUCUCUUUUUUUUUUUUUUUUGUUUUGAGCAGGGCGUGCGCACAUAUAUUUAUUUAUUGCCUUUUUGUCCCCUUUUCCGGGAAGGCUGGGGAAUGGAGUGCUGUGUCCACUCCCCGUGCGGUCGCUACCUCGUCCGGUACAAGAACGAUGCCGAGUCGAUGAGCAUCGAUGUGAUACCGAAGGCGUCUGCCUUCGAGCCCUCGUCGGACGUUCACUACGUUGCGGUGCUGCGUGAGAGCCACGUGCUGGAGAUCACAACAGCGGCGGGGGUGCGGAAGGAGUUUGCCGGCUUCGCGGACAUGACAUACAACGCCAUGAUUGGACGCUCCCCCAGCGUUAAGUUUUUUGUUGAGACGUGUGAGGAGAUGAAAAGCCGCAUCACAGCGGAGGUGGCGCAGCGCGGCCACGGCACGUCCGACUCCAUCAUUGACGAAAGUGACGCCAGCCAGCUCUCGGAGACGUCUCGAAUGCAGCGAUUUUUCACUCUAGACUACGAUGUGGACUUCACACGUGCCGUAUUCCCUGUGCCUCUCGUGCAGAUGACGACGGCGGAAAUGAAUGGGACCAUGGACUUGAGGCGCAUGCCUUCGGUACCACCCACCGAACAGCAGCAACAACGGACAACGCCGCGGCACAGUGGAUUGAUAGAAUUGGGGACGGACAAUGCCAGUAAACCCAGCAAUGCGCAGCUCCAGACGGAGAACGAGAAACUUAGACGUGAGAAUGAGGCCUUGGCUCGGCUGAGUAGGGAGAAGAUGUUGGAGAUGCAGCGUCUCUGCGAGGAUUUCCAGCAGCGUGUCGACGGGGCGUGUGAAGUGGAGCGACUCAAAAAGAAGUUGGCGGGACUUCGAGCGCGGCUGCGGCAAGCGGAGGCGGAACGAGACGAGGCGCACGCGGCAUUUAUGCGGCUGAAGCAGCGGACGCUGCGCUCCUCCCCACGGCCCGACGGAAAUCUUCGCAGCGAGAAAGUGAAGCGACGCUCCCGCUUCGACACACCGUCGCCGGCGCCACGGCGAUCAUCUUCGCGUUUUUUGGGUGACUCGCCCGCCCCGCGUGGACGCACCGGUGGUCGGCAGGGAAGAUCCGCCGCGGCAUCAUCGCGUUCCCGCUCGUUGAGCAAUGGCGACAGAAAUGGAGCGACGCUGACGAAGAAGCGACUAUGGGGGGACAGGGGCAGCAGCCGCUGCAGCAGCACCUCCGGGUCGAGGUGCAGCUCACGCGGCAGUUGCGAGCGACUGUAUCGCACCCCCACCGCCAGCAGCCGCAUGCACCAACGCGAAUUGCCCACUCACGCGCCGCGGCGUGCUGUUUUUCGAUAG